GUCAUGUCAGUGAGGGGCGGGGACCACCGAGAGGCUCCUCCCUCCUCCAGGCUGCCGUCACCGGGCUGCUGGACCGGAGCGACUCGGCAGCAACAACCCGCCGCUGGCUGCUCACCGACUUGAGUGCAGACCCGGUGCAGCCUUCCGCCGUCUCUCACCGUCAUUUCUCUCGGUUAACAUCAUGGCCUCCGACGGCAUGGACGAGCGAUCUCCGCUGCUGUCGGGUCCCAACUCCGAGAACGCGACCCCCAUUGCUCCCCCGUACCUGCAGGAUUCAAGUCCCCGAGCCGAACUACCUCCUCCCUACACAGCCAUCGCCAGCCCGGACGCCGGCGGUGUUCCCGUCAUCAACUGCCGCAUCUGCCAGUCCCUCAUCAACCUGGAUGGGAAGCUGCAUCAGCACGUGGUCAAGUGCACGGUCUGCAAUGAAGCUACACCCAUCAAGAACCCCCCAACAGGGAAGAAAUAUGUGAGGUGUCCCUGUAACUGCCUGCUCAUCUGUAAAGACACGUCCAGGAGGAUAGGAUGUCCUCGACCAAACUGCAGACGCAUCAUCAACCUGAGCCCGAUGGUCAUCCCGGAGGAGCAGCCCGCCCAGCCGGCGCUGCCCGUCCAGCCCGAGGGGAUGAGGGUGAUCUGCGGUCACUGUGGCCACACCUUUCUUUGGAUGGAGCUUCGGUUUAACACGCUAGCCAAGUGUCCCCACUGCAAAAAAAUAUCCUCUGUUGGCAGUGCACUCCCUAGGAGGCGUUGUUGUGCUUAUAUAACUGUAGGAAUGAUCUGCAUUUUCAUCGGAGUGGGUUUAACGGUUGGUACUCGGGACUUUGCGAGCCGCUACAACGCCACCUACGUGUCCUGGGCCUUCGCCUACCUGCUGGGUCUCAUCUGUCUGAUACGAGCCUGCUACUGGGGCGCCAUCAAAGUCAGCUACCCCGAGAACAGCUUCGCCUAGAGCGGCACGGCUGGAAGAACAAACCCCACUUUUAUUUUUGUUCAUGUUGUUCAGAUUUCUAACCGGUCAUGUUCAGCGGGGGAUGAUGUCUGCAGAGCGUCUGGACAGAAGUGUGUAGAUGGUACUGUGUGUUUGAAGAUGUGUAUGGUGUUGGAGAUGUGUUUCCGUCUGUUGGGGUCUGGGAUGUUUGAGAGUUUGGACUCGAUGAACGGACAAAACGUAUGUUCUCCUACUCGUCCACAAAGACUCAAAUCCUGCCCAGGUUUUUUGCGAAAAUCCACAAUCGUGAACAAAAAAGAAACUGUGUUUUUUCCUGAUGAAUGCCAAACAUUUUAUUUGAAAAUGAUUGUUUAGCAAACUGGUUGGAUUUGGUCUUUCUGGACCGUUUUCUUGUUCCGUUUUCUUUUUCAGCCCUGGUUUUAUUUUGUUACUGACCAGACCAAAAUAAGCCAACCUCCUAAGAACAGUUUGCCCAUUGCACUACGAUUAUAUGCAAUUGUACGUGUUGUUUUGCUGCUAGUUCAUAACUCCAUCUACAGAAAGCUGCAUACCCAUACUGUCCUGUAACCAUUUACCUAGCUUGUGUACACUGACAUAGGAUUGCUGUAUGAUUUUAACCCUGACAAAAUGAUCAAUUUUAAUAUGAAAUCCUUAAAAACCUAUGUGCUGCCCAGUAUUGGUCAAGAAGAGCAACAGAUCAACAGGAGGUUGUUUUUUUAUAUCAAAGUGUUAAUUUUCCAUCCAUGCAGCUUUUAACUGACUUGGCAAUAACCCUUUUAUUGGAGUUCGGUGUACUUCAUUGCACUUUCGUUGCCUUCUCGAUAAUGAAAAAAUGAUCCCAUAAAUGGAGACUCAUGUUUGCAUGUUGACUUGUUUAUGCUCCGUCAUUGAUUUGUUUUUCAGUUCCCGGAGAAGUAGCUGAAGCGUAGGAUGUCUUUGCUCUGUCUGCCUGUGAGUUAGAAUUUAAACCCUCCUCUUCCUCCUCUUCCUCCCUGCGCGUUAUAAUCGCCGCUCUCUGACCUCUGUGCUGGCUGGCAUCACUUUAGGCUAACUCAGCAUCCUGUCUCUCGACCUUGACCAGUGGGCACUGCUCAGAUUUCUAACCUUGUUUUGAAUGUGAUGAUGAUGAUGAUAUGAUGAUGAUGAUGAUGAAGCAGAACAAAAAUGUUUAAAACAUGUCUUUGUAUAUAGUUCAAAUUGAGUACUUGGUAAACUGUAGUGAAAGGUGAAAGGAGACGAUGGCUCUUGGGUCUUUUUAAAAAUGAUAAUUUAUCAAUAAAAUGCAAAAACUGCCUGUA